GUAACACACAGUUUGGCUUUUGGUAUACAAAAAACGUCAAUGCAUUUUUUAUCGGUAUCGUUUUAUUUCCCCUAUCUAUAUUAAUGGUCAUGCGGCUAACACGUCAUCGUCGUCACACCGGUCGGUCGGCCGUGGGCGGGGGAAAAGGGCGCGUUGUUCAAUUGGCAAAUUUGCAGUUUACUACUCCUUUCGUAUUGUAAAUUGUAACCCAGUUCUAUUGACCUUUGUAAUCUGUUUCUUUCAUAAAAUUGAAACCUAUGUCUAUAGACCUUUGUAAGCAGGUCAAUAGGUUAAAAUGGCACACGCUAGUCGCUCUAGCAUUGUUGUGAAAGAGUUGUUUGGGCUGGAGCCUCGGUCUAAUCCCUUCGAAGCAAAAGCACCAUCGUCAAAAUCCAAAACGUGGUGUUUGGUUUACUGGAUCAACGAUAAGCAAGUUAGCAUAGAAAACAUCGUCAGCGUUCGCACAGACCUAAGAAAGGAGGGUACCGUCUCUGAAAUACGGUUUAAAGACGGCAAGAAAUAUCCCGGGAAACUCAUCAAAAUCAGUGAGAGUAAGAAAGAGCUCCAGGAUGAGCAAGCGAGACUGCUGCUCUCGAUGGAAGAGUUUGCUGGGCCUGGGGAUAGGCAUGACACCACAGAUGUUCAAUCAACCAGCAGCACCAAACGCAGCCGCAAACAAUCUUUGAUGCCAGAUUUCGUCACUAGUCAAGACAGUCAAGAGCAACAACCAAAGUCAAAGACCAGCAAGAUUGCUAAACCAAAGUCAGCAGUGGGUGUAAAGACUAGCAUCAGCAAAGGCGAGAAGCUCAAGGCCACUGCAGACAAAUUAAACGUGCAGCAAGCUUUGUGUAGAGAAAUGUUCACUGUAAAGCCACCAGAUGCUGAAGUUAAACAUGGUCAUCAGAGCAUGGAGGACAGAGUCAUUUCAAAACUGAAAGAGCAGCUGGCAGAAAGGGACAACCAAAUCAGACAGCUGCAUGAUGAGGUGAAGAAGAAAAAUGAAGAAAUCAUGCAGCUGAGUCAAAAGUCUGCAACAGGCCUUCCCUUCAGUGUUGAUCUUAAUCCCACUGUAUUCUGGAGGAUUACCACUAUUGAAGGAGCAGGACAAAAGGGUUGCUUUCUCAAAAGGCACCUCCAAGGAGUCAUUGCUAUCUGCUUUGCUACUAGCUGUCUUUGGAGAGAGUUGCCUUGCCCGAGGCAAUGCCUGUGGCUCCAGGCAGGCGGUUAAUCGCAAGAGUGAAUCUGCUAACGUGCCCCUGGAUGCACAGAAAUUACAAGAAAUUAAAGAGUGUGUACUUCGCAAGUUCAAGUUACCUAAUGGACAACCGUGCAUGACGUCCAAGGAAUUCAAUGAUAAGAUUAAUCAGAAAU